AAAAGGCCUCAUGACUAUUCAUCUGUGGAGGAAUGUGAUAUCAUUCAUAAGAUGUCUGGAUUUGGAGAAUUUUUCCUGCACUUCUAUAUUCUAGGGUGUAUUUUCUGCAGCUCCGGUGCUUGGCGUGUAACAAUGCCAAGAAAUAUCAAAGCAUUGAAGGGUUCCUGUCUUGUUAUCCCUUGCAGUUAUGAUUACUCUAAAUAUCCACCUAAAAGACCAGAUCGUAUAGUGUGGUACAAAUAUGAAAGCAGUGGAUAUCCUUUAGUUUAUGACAACUGGUAUCCGGGUAAUGUCUUGGACCAAUUUAAAGGAAGAACACAUGUAUCUAGCUCUUCAUACAAUCGGCAAUGCAGUCUGAUGAUCGAACCAGUGACCUGGUCUGAUCACAGUCAGACGCUUUAUCCCUGGGUGGAUCCUGAGAAUGUUGGAAGAGGAACCUAUCGCUUCUUUGACACAACUGUAACAAUUGAAGUUGUGGGCACAGCUGAUAAACCGGUUAUUGAUAUCUUUGGAAUCAAGAAGGUUGGAGAGUCAGUAAUGGUGCAAUGUAGUGUUUAUCACACUUGUCCCACUUAUCCUCCAACUCUGGAGCUCAACAUCCCACUGCAAAAUAAACACCUGAGCCAUAGUCCUCAAUCUGAUGGAAGAUCCAAAACUAUAUUGACAACCACUUUAUUCAUAGAGAAAGAAUAUCAAAUUGUGGAGUGCUCUGUCCAACACCAUGGUCGUCUCUCUGCAUCAGCCUCUACAACCUUAACCGCAGAAUGCUCCAUUUCAGGGCUGACUAUCAGCUCUACUUCAGACGAAUUUCUGGAAGGACAUCCAAGUAAAGUAACCUGCACCGCCUCAUACACAUGCUCUCGAAAUAUUCCAACUCUCAAAUGGAAUUAUGGUAGUAUGCCAGCCUCUUAUGAGAAUAACAAGAUAUCUAAAGAGGCUCAGUGGAGGACUAUCUCCAGACUGACAUUUACAGCAUCUGCUAAUGACAAUGGAAGAUUGCUGAUAUGCUAUGCACAUUUCACUGGAGGCCAGACACAACAAGCGAGCAUCAUUCUACGGGUAAAGAGAAACAUGCUCAAUCGGGGUUGGUCCUUCACUACUCCAAGCAGUGUAACUGGGUUGAAAGGAUCAUGUCUCGUCAUUCCAUGCAAAUUCUCCUUCAGUAACUCCCAGCCUAAUGGUCUUAAAGUGAUAUGGUACUUGUACCAGAGCAAUAGGUACCCAGCUGUGUUUAACCAGGGAGGGGAUGUUACUAGUAAGUUUAAUGGUAGAACAAGCUUGAUUGGAUCAGUGGCGGAGCAGAACUGUAGUCUUAAGAUUGAAAGACUGGAGAUGUCACACAACCAUGACCGACUCUAUCCAUGGAUAGAUAAGAACUCGAUUACCUCCUUCGACAUCACGAGUCAUCCAUUUUAUGAUAGUUCUACUGAACUUAAUGUUUUGGAAAAUGCACCAGAACCACAGCUGAUCAUUACUAAUAUUCUCAGAGUGGGAGAGCAGGGCAAUGUGUCCUGUAGUGUUCGCCAUGCAUGUUUUUCUGCUCCCCCGACUCUAACCCUAACUGGUAUAACUGGAACAGACCAGACCGUGGACACUCUGGUAUCUGAAGGGAUUUGGGAAAGGAGAGUACAGCGAAUUUGGACAGUGGAAGAAGAGCACCAGAGUGUGAGCUGUGCUGUUAGCUACCCUGUGGGUCAGAAAGUCAAAAAGGAGAUUCCACUGAAUGUUGAAUGCUCCAUCUCACCACUGAAAAUUAGUUCUGCAUCAGAUGAAUUUCUUGAGGGGUAUAAUAGCAGUGUAACCUGCACUGCCUUAUACACAUGCAGCAAACAUAGUCCAACCUUCACAUGGAACUAUGGCAGUGUGGCAGCAUUCACUUAUAAAGAAAAGGUACCAGGGGAUUCUCAGUGGAGGACUGUCUCUAUACUCUCAUUUAAAUCUUCGCCCAGUGACAAUGGAAGAUCUGUUACAUGCUAUGCACAAUUCAAAGGGGGGCAGACACAAGAAAUGAGCAUCACCCUGCGGGUAAAGAGAAACAUGCUCAAUCGUGGUUGGUCCUUCACUGCUCCACGCAGCAUACCUGGGUUGAAAGGAUCAUGUCUUGUUAUUCCAUGCAAAUUCUCCUACAGUAAUUCCCAGCCUAAAGAACUUGAAGUUAUAUGGUACUUGUACCAGAGCAAUGGAUACCCAGCUGUAUUUAAUCAGAGAGGUGAUGUUAUUAGUAAGUUUAAUGGUAGAACAAGCUUGAUUGGAUCAGUGGCGGAGCAGAACUGUAGUCUUAAGAUUGAAAGGCUGGAGAUGUCACACAACCACGACCGACUCUAUCCAUGGAUAGAUAAGAACUUGAUUAGUUCCUACCACACUACAGGUCACUUAUUUUAUGAUGGAUCUACUGAACUUAUUGUUUCAGAACAUGCACCAGAACCACAGCUAAUCAUUAUUGGUACUCCCAGAGUCGGAGAGCAGGGCACUGUGUCCUGCAGUGUACGUCAUGCAUGUAUGUCUGCUCCCCCAGUCCUAAGCCUAAGUGGUAUACCUGGAACAGACAAGACCAUAGACACUUUGGUAUCUGAAGGGAUUUGGGAAAGGACAGUAGAGCGAAUUUGGACAGUGGAAGAAGAGCACCAGAGCACCAGUUGUACUGUUACCUACUCUGGGGGUCAGAAAGCCACCGAGGAAAUUCCACUGAAUGUUGAAUGUCCAUUUCAGGAAAUCACUAUGAAUGAACCACCAGGAGAGUUAACAGAGGGCAUGGCGACAAAUGUCAUCUGUUCUGUUAUCUACAAGUGCAAGAAAAAUGCACCAACUAUCAUCUGGAACUACAAAGACAUGCAGAGUUCAUUGAACACCAAACAGAUUUCUGUAAAAACAUACAAUAUAGUCUCAAAUCUAACAUUUAUUCCCUCCCUAAGUGAUGAUGGUAAACCUUUGACUUGCACUGCUCAGUUUAUUACUGGAGAGUCUUCAAGCUCUGUAACGCUUACUGUGAAAAAAUAUGAGAGAGAUCCACAUGAAAAUUACACAACUUCUGCUAUGCCUGCUGACGUCCCUUUCAGAUUUAGCGCCUUGACUCGCUCCUGUGUGGUGAUUCCCUGCAGUUUCCAGCAUGAAGAGGAUGAACCAAUGACCCGUGGCAUCUGGUCCAAAAAAAUUGGAGGCAUUGUCUUCCAUGAUGGCCAGAGCAACGUAAUUGAUCACUUUAAGGGCCGAACCAAAAUGUUAGGAAAUCUGAAUGAGGGAAACUGCUCACUGGAGAUCGAUGACAUCAAGCCCUUUGACAACGGACCCUUUUGUUUCUCUGCAGAGAAAGGACAUAAGACAUAUACAUUUAACAACAGCUGUGUAUUUAUUGUUAUGAAAGCUUCUCCAGAAAAACCAGUGAUGAGCCCUCUUCCAGAAGCUACUGAUGCUGGUUCAACUAUAACUGUAUCGUGUUCUGUUACACACACAUGUUCAUCACAUCCUCCAGUGUUCUCAUGGAGUGUAGCUAACCUCACCAGUGAGGUCUCACACACCAUGAUGUCACAAGGCAUCUGGCAAACAACUUCCACAAUCAGUUUCACAGUUACUGAAGGAGACGGUGACAGAAGCCUAACCUGUACUGCCACCUUUUGGCGUGAAAAAGAACAAGCCCACACAGUCAAGUUCAAUGUGAAGGGAUCACUGCUGUACCAGUUUAAAUGUGCUGCUCCAGUGGCUUUUCCAGUCUCACUUUUAGCCCUGAUCAUAAUCACCAUAGCUGCAGUGUUCUUCUGGAGGAAAAGAAAGCACACAGAGAGCUCACUGAAACCACCACCUCGACCAGAAAAAAGAAGAUCACUCUUCGAUAGAUUAUCCAGGAGAUACCCUGAAGACAGAGACAGACCACCAAGACCAGAGAAACGGAGGUCCAUUUGGAGCAGAGUUUCCCGUAACCUUUUCAGUAGAGAAGAAGAAAAUCGCAUGGGGUGGCAUCACGAGCGGAACCCCAGGCAGUCAUUCUGGAGCAGAUUCUCAAGACGCCAAGAACGCACUGCAAACAUCAGUGUCGGCUAUAUAAACAACCCCACCAAUGUCUCCAAACCACACUUUCCAUCCCCAAAGGAUAACCGGAGGCGACCUCCACCUGUCAGUCCUGGCAUUAGUGGCCCUGCGACUGAGCAGCUGUAUGGCAACUUUUGAGUUGACUUCUCUUUCAAAGACAUUUAAGAGACAUCAUAAUAUUUCAGAACCAUGUCUGUCAUCUGUUUUUCUUUAAAUGUUAUCCUCCAAUUGAACAUUCAUUAUCAGCUGUAAAGACACCUACGAUUGCUUCUGUUAUGAAUGUACACCCAUGCAAACUGUGCAGUUGAUGUGCAUGUAUAUGGGGGAAGGUUUGUAAUGAUAUGACUAAUAAAGAUACUUAAUGAUAAUGAUUGAUUUAUUGAUAUGGAAUAUGCAAUAAGGAAGAGUGAGGAGGAUGGUGAGGAGAAAUGACAGCAGUGUUAUAAUCUAAUUAAUUCUGGUUUAACUUUCACUUGACUUUGUUUAAACUUCAUUUAAUGCAGCCAUUAAAGAAUGCAGAGAGAUGUAAUCACAUGCUUGUCUUAACCUGCUGUAAAAAAUAACAUUAAACAUUUUUGUUUGUUUUUUU